UGGAUCUCCCCAACUAAAUCGGGUUAAAAAAGGGAGGGAAAUGGAUGCAUAGCGAAGCAUGCCGUCACGUCUUCAGACAAGGAAGCUCUUGAAGACCAACGUAUCUGAUAUCGAAGGAACGAUUCUUCGUCUCUUGGUUGCCACUCCCUCUGCUCGAAGUCUUCAACAAAUCCAAGCCCGAAUCAUCACCAGCAAUCUCCAGGGCAAUACAAGAGUCACCUCCCAAUUCUUUCGACUCUGCGAGUUGCUCAAAUGUCUGAAGGAUGCUCUCAGAUUUUUCCUCCAAAUCCCCAAACCCCAAACCUUCAUCUCCAACACCCUUAUCCAAGCUUUCGCUCACAGUUCAUCUCCCAAGUAUUCCUUGUUGGUAUUCGUUCAUAUGCUCAGAAAUGGUGUUUCCGCGAACAAUUUUACGUUCCCCUUCGUCCUCAAGGCUUGUUCCGACCUCAGACUGGUUUCUCAUGGCGUUUCCGUGCAUGCCAACAUUAUUAAGACCGGCCACCAUUCUAAAGAUCUCUAUAUUCAGAAUUCGCUAACGGAUUUUUACUGUUCUUGUGGCGAUGUAGCAACUGCACGCAAGUUAUUUGAUGAAAUGCCUCAACGAGAUGUUGUUUCUUGGACAACCUUGAUUUCCGGCUACGCUAAGAAUGAGAGGUUCGUCGAUGCAGUCUUUCUUUUCAAGACGAUGCAGCUUGCUGGUGUGACUCCUAAUGCUGUAACAAUGGUGAAUGCACUAUCUGCAUGCGCGCAGUCAGGCGAAUUAUGGGUAGGCUGUCAGGUCCACAAGCUUAUAAGAGAACAGAAGAUGAAGUUGGAUGUGAUCUUGGGGACAUCCUUAAUCAAUAUGUAUGCCAAAUGUGGGAGAAUCGAGAUGGGUAUGAAGGUUUUCAACUCGAUGCCGGAGAAGAAUGUCUUCACGUGGAACGCUGUCAUUAACGGGCUAGCCAUGGCAGAUUCUGGAAAGCGAGCCAUUUCUUUGUUUUACAGAAUGGAGGAAGCAGGUGUGAGACCAGAUGAAGUGACACUAAUUGGAGCUCUAUGUGCCUGUAGUCAUGCGGGCAUGGUACAAGAGGGUUGCCGGAUUUUCCAAACGAUGACCAGAAAAUAUGGGGUGUUGCCGGGGAUCAAGCACUAUGGUUGCAUGGUUGAUCUUCUUAGUCGAGCUGGCUUCAUUGAGGAAGCUUAUGAAACUGCAAAAAACAUGCCUUAUGAGCCCAAUGCCGUCAUCUGGGGAGCACUAUUGGGGGGUUGCAGAGUCAAUGGUGAUCUGGAACUUAGUGAAGUUGCUGCGAGGAGACUGGUGGAAUUGGAGCCAUGGAAUGGUGCUUAUAUCGCUGUUCUGUCUAGAUUGUAUGCAGAGCUGGGUAGAUGGGAUGAUGCUGAGAAGUUAAGGACGUUGAUGAUAAAAGGGAGAGCAAUGAAGGACCCUGGAUGCAGCUUAUUUAUUGAAGCAGCAAACUCAUCUCCUGUUAUUUGUCUAUGAUGAUAACUAGACAUAUAUUUUGAAAGAGAAUUGCUCUCUCAUUUGGCCAUUUUGUGUCUCCUUCCUUCUGUUUGAUGUUUCAGCAAAGGUGUAAAGCUCCGGACUUCUAGCCCAAAUUAUUGCCUUGAAUUUCAGGUGGCAAACGCAGGUUGA